CUCGGAUCUGGAAGGGCGUCCUAGCUCGUUUUUGCCUUUGAUAUCUCGUGAGUUCAGCUAAGGUGAGCACGCAACCUUCCGCGUUUCCAGCUAACCUGAGGCACGUUGGCGUACCUUUGGCACCAUCACAUCACGCUUGCGAGCCAACGGCUCGAGAUCCGCACCGACGGCCACGUAUAAGCCCAGCGACCAUCGAAGCUAGCAGUGGAUCGCUGCGCGACGUCGCUGGCGUGGACCCUCGGCGCUGGCCGCGAGCGUUUGUGAUGGUAGCUGUUGGCCGCGCGCGCUGCUUUCCGGCAGCGCUUCCUCCCCAGAGAUCUUUCGCUGCCGACCGCGGCCGCCGAUCGAGGGCGGUCCGGACCGAUGGCGUCGGGCCGCCUCCGAGAGGUGGCCGCCGGUCGGCGCGACGCGCAGCCCCUUCCCCCAACCCGGCACACGGCGCAGCAGCGCUCAGCACCCAACCCCCGAAUAAAACCCUCCCACGCCAUCCCGCGGCGGUCGGCUCACCCGCUUCCCCCCCGCGCGCAGAUCGCAACGAUGAAGACGGUCCUCGCGCUCGCCGCCGGCGCCAGCGCGCUCGUCGCCCCCGCCGCGCCGAAGGCCCAGAGGACGGUCGUGAAGGCGCUCGACACGGAGCUUGGUGUCCUGCCGCCGCUCGGCUUCUUCGACCCGCUCGGCCUCGCGGCCAAGGGCUCGGCCGAGGACUUCGAGCGCCGCCGCAUCACGGAGCUCAAGCACGGCCGCGUCGCGAUGGCCGGCUUCGUCGGCUACCUCGUGCCCGAGGUCUACAAGUGGCCCGGCUACCUGAGCCCGACGAACGAUUUGAAGUUCGAGGACGUGCCGAACGGCCUCAACGCGCUGCCCGUCGUGCCCGGGCUCGGCUGGUUCCAGAUGAUCAUGGUCGUCGGCUGGCUCGAGGCCGGCCCCUUCGCGGCGACGCGGAGCGAGUUCGCGGGCGACUUCGGCUGGCCCUACUUCGGCAAGCAGAUCCAGAGCGCCGACGAGAAGAAGUCGAAGCUGAACAUGGAGCUCCAGAACGGCCGCGCCGCCAUGUUCGGCGUGCUCGGCCUCAUGAUGCAGGACGCCGUCAACGGCGAGGUGACCAUCUUCCCGGGCACGGACAUCGCCUAGACGCGAACUUGUGGGGCGCCGGCCGGGCGCCGUGACUCUUAGGACUCUCGCGAGGCGGUCGUAAGCCUCGCAAAUACUA